UCGAGAGACAUUUUCAAACUCAACUAAGAGUGGCGGAGAAAACAAACUAAUUGACACUAUUCAAUUACGUCCACCACAUUGAUUGCUUUCAUACAAUAUACGAUAAGCUGUGCAUCAAUUCCUCCUUAGACCUAGGACCUCGAUUCCAUCAUUAUCAUUGUUUUCAUAAACCAAAACCCUUUGUCCCUUUACGCACACUCAACAGUGAAUACACACUGAUCUUCAUUCUUAUUCUAAAUUCUAUAUAUAGCCAAAAAAGCAUAGACAAAGAAACUUCAAUAGCUAUAGCUCCUUCUAAAGUUAGAUAGAUAGGCUUAAUUUCCUUUAGCUUUUGAACCAAACCAUGGCCAAAACAACCUUCCUAACUGUGGACAAAUGCACAUCAAUAGGCAGAGAACAACACGCAGUGGUUGCCGACAUGGAUGGAACCUUGCUUAGAGGCCGUAGCUCUUUCCCUUACUUUGCACUUGUGGCCUUCGAGGUUGGUGGGAUUCUGAGGCUCCUUUUCUUGCUCCUUGCAACCCCACUAGCUGGACUUCUCUAUUACUUUGUCUCAGAAUCUGCAGGGAUCCAAGUUCUGGUCUUUGCAACAUUUUCUGGUAUGAGAGUCUCAGAUAUUGAGUCGGUGGCUCGAGCUGUAUUGCCAAAGUUUUAUUCGAGCGAUCUUCACCCAGAGACUUGGCGUGUGUUCUCAGCAUGUGGGAAAAGGUGUGUGCUGACUGCAAACCCAACAAUUAUGGUGGAAGCGUUUUUGAAAGAUGUGUUGGGAGCUGAUUUGGUUUUGGGUACUAAGAUAGCAACUUAUAAGGGCAGAGCAACUGGGUUGGUUUGUAAGCCCGGGGUACUUGUUGGGAAGAACAAAGCUGAUGCUCUAGAAAAGGCCUUUGGAGAAACUCAGCCAGAUAUUGGUCUUGGUGAUAGAGAUACAGAUACUCCCUUUAUGUCACUGUGCAAGGAGGCUUUCAUUGUGCUACCCCAACCAGAAGUAAAGCCUGUGACAAUGGACAAACUCCCCAAGCCAAUUAUCUUCCAUGAUGGCCGCCUUGUUCAAAAGCCAACACCUCUCGUGGCACUCCUCACCAUUCUUUGGAUCCCCACAGGCUUCCUCUUAGCCUGUCUUCGAAUCACCGCGGGUGCCAUCCUCCCCAUGCCACUAGUCUAUUACGCUUUCAUGGCACUAGGUGUUCGUGUCACUAUCAAAGGCACCCCUCCUCCUCAGGCCAAAAAAUCCAUAGGCCAAUCUGGUGUCCUCUUUAUUUGCUCCCACAGAACCUUACUUGACCCUAUUUUCCUUUCCACCGCCCUCGGCCGUGCCAUCCCUGCUGUGACCUACUCUGUCUCCCGCCUCUCCGAGAUCAUCUCACCCAUCAAGACCGUUCGCCUUAAUCGUGACCGGGCUAAGGAUGCAUCCAUGAUCAAGAAACUAUUAGAAGAAGGUGACUUAGCAAUAUGCCCUGAAGGUACAACUUGUAGGGAACCAUUUCUUUUGAGGUUUUCGGCUUUGUUUGCUGAAUUAACAGACCAACUUGUGCCUGUGGCAAUGGUGAAUCGGAUGAGUAUGUUUCAUGGAACCACAGCUAGAGGGUGGAAAGGAAUGGACCCAUUUUAUUUCUUCAUGAACCCUAGCCCAGCUUAUGAAGUAACUUUUUUAAACAAAUUGCCACUUGAGCUAACCUGCAGUUCUGGGAAGUCUAGCUAUGAGGUUGCAAAUUAUAUACAAAGGGUUAUUGCGGCAACUCUUUCUUAUGAGUGCACAAGCUUCACUAGGAAAGAUAAGUAUCGGGCACUUGCUAGUAAUGAUGGAACUGUGGUUGAGAAACCUUUACUCAAGGCCAACAAAGUAAUGGGAUGUUGAAUUAUAUAUGCAUGGUAAUAUGUGUUUACUAAAGAAUAUGAAAAUAAACUAGAAAAAAAAAUCUAGUUGAAAGUUGCAAAAGAGAUGAAUUAACUGAUUUUCAUUAAUUGUAUGGGAGAAAUAUGAUUGUUA